AUGGACAUGUCCUACUCGCCUCUUUCUCUUCCCUCCCAAGCGGUAGGCAGAAUGCUGCCAGACUCGCUAAGCGAAUUCCUGGGCUUUGCGUCAAUAGCAUGCUGGCUGGGUGCUCAGUUCCCCCAGGUGGUUGAAAAUAUCAGACGCCAGUCGUGCGAGGGCCUUGCACUCCCAUUCCUUGCCAACUGGUUGCUCGGUGACAUCUCCAAUCUCGUUGGCUGCAUUAUGACCCAUCAACUGCCGUUUCAGACAUGGCUAGCCACUUACUUCGUCUUCAUUGACAUGAUGCUAGUUCUGCAAUAUGCAUACUACUAUAAAUCGCCUAAAACCUCGUCCUCUGCAUUGGGCCAUAUUCGUUCAGCUUCCACCCCAGCAGCACAUCGGAGAUUGUCGAUCGACAGAGGUGCAUCAAGGUAUCGUGCUCUGUCGGUUGCAGCUUCAAAUGUGGCAACAGCCGCUGCACUGGCGGCACACCAUGACGAGCAGGCUAAUCCCCGAAGGUCAAAUUCUCGUUUUGCGGCCAAGAUCAAUCGACCACGGGGACCAGAAGCUAGUAACGGCGGAUUAGAUCAAGGAGACGAACUUGAAGAUGAUCCUCCUGCAGCUAUGAUUGAAAGCUUCUAUUCUGAACGUGGAAGAGAUCCCCAAUCCAAACGAGUUUCUUGGAGUAUUGAACGUCAUGGUAGGGCCUCAAGCGUUGGCCAGGGACGUAGAUCUGCAACACCUACUGUGUUGGACUUUGGUUCUAGGGACCCUGUCUUAUCUCCACGCGACUCCGGAAUAGCACAGUCAUCUCACGACCCCGUAGUUCUCGAUUCUACAGAAUCUCUUACUCAAGCACCAAAUACUCGCAGUUCUCGCGCCUCUCGGAAAGGCUCGAAUAUGGUAUUUCUUGCCGUAUGGGCACUAUUCGGUAUUGGUACUUUAACCAGCGGUAAACGCGGAAUCCCAUCAGACAGUCUAAAUGGUAUUGGUCGUGUUUUGUCCACUCAAAGUCGUACUGGCAGCACUUUAUCGGUACCGUCCAAUGAAGAACUUGUAUAUACCAAGCAAGGAGACGUACAACAUUUUUCCUAUGUCUCCGUCACAAUCCCCACAUCAUUUUAUCCGAAUAGCCUUUUGCCACGAGAACCAGAAGAGAGCCCCCCUGUUGACGAACCUUCAGAACAACAGAUAAUUGGUCGUAUUUUUGCCUGGCUAUGUACAACAUUAUACCUCACAUCUCGAUUGCCUCAGAUUUGGAAGAACUAUGCUAGAAAAUCAGUAGAGGGCCUUUCUAUGUAUCUGUUUGUGUUUGCCUUCCUAGGCAAUACAUUUUAUGUGGCGUCGAUUUUGCUUUCCCCGCGACGAUAUCUCCCUCCUCCGGAAUCCACAAAAUAUAUCAAAGACAGCAUACCGUACCUUCUUGGUAGUGGAGGGACGUUACUAUUUGACAUCACAAUUGUAUCUCAAUCAUUCUGCUAUCGCCCACGACCUCGACGACACAACCCAGCGUCUCAUAGUCGGACGGUAGAUGACGAAGAAGCGGGCCUUCUGUCAGGAGAUGCGCUUUCUGCUCAUCUUCCAGGGGACUCCGCUAUUCUCAAUAGAGGGCGUGCUUCACGCACACGCAGCUCUAGCUGCGUCUUUGCCUUUAUGUCUAGAUCAACUGCAUUCUCGAAUCCAACGCCUGUUCAGUUGAGAAAAUUGGUCCUCGACUACCUGUGCCACAGUUGUUAUACCAGAACUGCCAGGGCAUUUAAUAAAGAUAGCACAGUGCGACACCUUGAUGCUGACGGAGACGAGAUCCUAGAAGCUGCAACAUAUGGCACCGACCCACGACCUACUGAGAGCGAGGGCAGCCCGAGUGGCUCAAAUGAGAAGUUCGAAGCUCUGUUGAAGCAGGUUGAACUUCGACAAGCAAUAAGAACAGAGAUAUUGCGUGGCCGUGUAGAUGAAGCAAUUGCACUCCUCGACAAACACUUCCCGGCCGUUCUCAGGCUCAAUGAACCUGUAUCAACCUCUCCGACAAACAAUGAGCCCCGUCUUCCUGCGAGUAACAUCGAAUAUGUAUCCUCGACCUCGACCGAACCUGCGCACCUCCUCUUGAACCUGCGCAUCCUUGCGUUCAGUGAAGCAUGCCGAACAAUCCCUCUGGAGUAUCCACCCACGUCGGAAUCUGAAUCAAUGGACACGGACCCUCCCAUACACACGGGCAUCUCAGAAGACAGUGAAGAGUAUCACGAGCAACAACUCGCACUCCUCGCUCGUGCUCAGAAACUGUGGGCGUUUUCCAACACCUUGCCUAACCCCGCCGAUCGGGUGACUUACACCAAGGAGCUGGAGAAUGUCGGUGGCUUGCUGGCAUAUAAGGUUCCUGAAAAGAGUUCUAUGGCGAAAUACCUGACUAUGGAGAGACGAGAGGCCGUUGCGGACCAAAUCAACCGUGCAAUUCUCAAGAGUACUGGAAAACCUUUAAUUUCAAGUAUAGAACUGCUGACUCGGUAUACUCAUCUUCUAUGGCAAGGAGCCAAUCAGUAUGAAGUAAAGGGUCGAGCUGGCGCGGUUCUUCCUCCUAGGGAUAAAACUACUGACAGUGAAAGUGAGGUACGCGUUGUAGAAAAAGGUCAUUUUUAUGCGCACUGA